AUGCAUCAGAACGGUGGACACUGCCAGCCAGCAUUAUAUUGCGGCGACCCCGAGAUCUCGAGGCUAGAAAUUCAAAAUUAUCACUACAUCUCUCAGAUGAUUCAGAAUUGCGGAAUCGACUGUGACUGGCAGCCACGAGGCGCCGUCACAGCUUUUUUUACCGAUGACGACUUCGCUCGCGCCAUUGAAAAGCUUGAAAAGAGCAAAGACGACAUGCCCGAGAUAAUGGGGUAUCUUCGUGUUGUUUCCCCCCAAAGCAAAAGCCCCAGUUUGCGAGAUCUAGGGGUCCCAAAAGCCAAGGGAGCAAUCUUGAACACUCUUGCUGCAAGUCUAUGGCCUUACAAGUUGAUUGCUCGGGUCGUGGAAGACCUCAUUGAACAACGUCCCGAGUUUAACCUUCAAACUAACACCCCUGUGCAAUCUAUUGAGCCUGUUGCAGAGAGCAGUGCCCGGAGCUGGCGUCUGCGCACAUCCCGAGGCAACUGUAUGGUAAAACACGUUCUUUUAGCCACAAAUGGGUAUACGUCGCACUUGUUGCCCAGCAUGAAACACAUUAUCCGGCCCGUCCGUGGGAACAUGAUCGCCGGUCACGGUGGCGCUGAGCUACUUCUCCACAAUUCAUACGGCCUCGUGGAUGAGCUCACUGGCGAAGAGUAUAAAGAUUUGCAGCGCACCAAUCGACGUUUGGUAGGUGACGGGGAGUAUCUUAUGCAGAGGCCGUCGGAGCAUCAGAUGAACGGGAUGGGCAAAAGUCCGAUUCUGACACUUGGGGGAGCGCGCUUCAUGAUACCUAAUUCCGGAUAUGGACUCAGCGAUGACAGCGUCAUAGACCAACCAGCCAAUGAAUUUCUCCGUGGUCGCUUGAGCCAGGUCUUGGAUGUCGUCGCCCAGGCACCCAACGACUUCAAAGUGACUCAUGAAUGGACAGGAAUAUUGGGUUAUUCGAAGGACGGCUCUCCAUGGAUUGGUGAGCUACAGGAUGGACUAUGGCUUUGUGUUGGGUAUAGUGGCCACGGGAUGCCGCAGGCAGCCUUGUGUGCGGUUCGUGUGGCCACGAUGAUUCUUGAGCACUUCCCAGGGUUCUCGCGGAAAGCCGAGUCACAGAUUCAGCUACCGACACGAUUUCUCAUUACACCUGAAAGAUUGAAAUCCAACAGAUUUCCUAACUUGGGAACUUCCCGUUUAAGCUCACAAGGAGUUGUCUGGAGGUCCUGGCAAAGCGGAUUGUUUCUCUUGAUGGCUUUGGGAUCUUGGGUAUGGCAUCAUGAAUCCAGUCGCUAG